GCCAAGCAGGUGAACAAGCCCCGUCUCAUGAUCACGGCUGCUGUUGCUGCAGGACUUUCCAACAUUCAGGCUGGCUACCAGAUUGCUGAGCUCGGAAAGUACUUGGACUACUUUCAUGUGAUGACUUAUGACUUCCAUGGCUCAUGGGAUGGACAAACAGGGGAGAACAGCCCUCUAUACCAAGGCCCAAGUGACACUGGUGACAAUAUCUAUUUCAAUGUUGAUUAUGCUACGAAUUAGUGGAAAAGCAAUGGUGCCCCAGCUGAGAAACCAGUUGUGGGAUUCUCAACCUACGGAAACACCUUCAGACUGCAAAACCCAUCUAAUCAUGGUCUCGGAGCUCCGACUUCAGGACCAGGACCUGCUGGACCUUACACUCAGGAGGCUGGGACGCUGGCUUACUAUGAGAUCUGCACAUUACUGAAUUCUGAAGGCACACAAGUUUGGAAUGCUCCCCAGGAUGUGCCCUAUGCCUACAAGAGCAGUGAAUGGGUUGGCUAUGACAACAUCAAGAGCUUCAACAUCAAGGUUGACUGGCUGAAGAAGAACAACUAUGGUGGUGCUAUGGUUUGGGCCCUUGAUAUGGAUGACUUCACUGGCACUUUCUGUAAACAGGGCAGAUAUCCCCUGAUUACCACCCUGAAGAACGCUCUUGGUCUUCAAAGCCGCAGCUGUGUGCCCACAACGCCCAGUCCUACCACCACCGCAGUUCUCUGUAAUACACAAGGAAGUGAAAGCGGGAGUGAGAGUGGCAGCUCCGGCAGCAAUCCCGACAGCUCAGGUGGGAGUGGAUUCUGUGCUGGCAAGGCCAACGGCAUCUACGCAGAUCCAACCAACAAGAGCAAAUUCUACAACUGCAAUAAUGGCGAAACCUUCACGCAGUCGUGCCAGGCCGGUCUCGUCUUUGAUUCCAGCUGCUCCUGCUGCAACUGGGCAUGAAGCCACCCAUUCUGUGAGAGCAAGCUCUCCCGUCUGAACGAAUUCCAUGGAAUAAUAAUGGUCAAUAAAGUGUUCUGCAAAAGUAAAA